AGUGCUUGAAUAGAAUAGUCACAACUCGGUAGCGAUGUGAGUCGGACGCGGUCCGCUUGCUGUCUUCGCGCUCUUUCGCGCUGCGGCGGCUUUGCACCGCGAAUUUAGGGCAACCAUAAACCCUCCCUCCCUCUCUAACUGCCGCGUAAUAAGAUCACCUGUCUCGCGCUCACUUAUUUUCACUACCGAUCGUGACAUAAUAUUAAUGCCUGUCAUUGAUGUAAUCACCCAAUGUUUACAUUGUGAUUGUGUUUGUAAUGAAAAAUCUUUGAGUGUUGGUGCAUCGCAGUUCACACGAUUCUGCCUCCUGAAGUAGGCCGCGUCGUAUGUAUUGGUAGUAUGGAAACGGAAGAAUUAAUAGCAAGAUAAUAAUGCCGGUAUUAAGGAACGCCGACCAUCCUGCGUCGAAGGCGACGGAUUCUAUUGCGUCGCGAUAUGUGGUUGCUGUACUGGGCUCUUGGGCGGCGGAAGCAGCAACAUAUCCUUUCGAUUUGACAAAAACAAGGUUGCAGAUACAAUCUGAAGUCGCCGCCGCUAAGCAAUCUGGAAUCAAGUUAGAGAACCAUGGAAUGAUAAAAACUGCGGUGGGAAUAGCGAAGCAGGAAGGCGUGUUAAAGUUAUGGAGCGGGCUGAUGCCAAUGUUCCAGCGACACGCAAUUUACUCCGGUAGCCGAUUGAUUUUCUAUGAACACUUUCGAAGUUAUCUCAAAGACGAAAAUGGAAAAGUUUCCUUGGGAGCUGCCUCUGUGGGCGGGCUGGCUGCGGGUUCCCUCGCGCAGCUGAUUGCGUCGCCAACAGACCUGGUGAAGGUCCAGAUGCAAGCUGAGGGUAGGAGGUUGCUGCAAGGGAAGCCGCCCAGGUUCUCCAACUGUAGGCAGGUGUAUGUAAUGCUGUAUGCGGAGGGCGGCAUCAAGGGGUUUUGGAGAGGUGCCGUGCCAAACGUGCAAAGAGCAGCGCUAGUCAACAUGGGUGACCUGGCGGCGUAUGACUUCACAAAGCAGUUCCUUAUCCGGGAGUUCGGGAUGGCCGACAACGCUAUAGUGCACGGCGCGGCUGCGUUUACAGCUGGUUUUGUGGCUGCUGUUAUGGGAACUCCAGCCGACGUGAUGAAGACGAGGCUUAUGAACCAACCUGUGGGCCCGGAUGGCAGGGGUACGCUCUACCGCGGAAUGAUCGAUUGUUUACAGCAGUCGGUCCGGAACGAGGGCAUACUGUCCCUUUACAAAGGGUUCUUGCCUCUGUGGAUGCGACUGGGCCCUUGGGCGCUUAUAAACUGGAUCGCUUUUGAAAACAUCAUGCUGGCUAUUGGAGGACACACGUUUUAGAGCUUUCAAUUGAUUUUUUAUAUGUUGUUAUUGUUAAACCGGCUAUCAGAUAGAAUGAUUUGUAGUUUGUUUGAUAUUUUACAAUAGAUUGUGAUAUUUUUUCAUAAGUUACUUUUACAAAGAAUUGAAGUUGAAACCUUUAAAUACAAAUUCACUCAUACUGCAAAAUAUAUUAAUAUGUUAAAUGUCAUUAUUUUAUAUUUUGCAAAAAAAUACGCUAUGCAUUUUAUGAUCAUAUUAAUCAGAUAAGAAUUAAGCAAUUUUAGUUUCUACUAACACUUUUCUUCAACUAUUACAGUAAACAGUAAUGCAAUUGUUCUCUCAAUACAACCACGAAUUGAAACCAUGAAUAAUUUAAUUGGUUAAAUAUAUAGGCAGUCUUUAUACAAAUGCGUACGACUUAGUAAAAUAGUUUUAGUAGUCUUCUAUUGUCGCUUUUUAAUACCGAAUAGGUACAUACCGAUAUACAAAUGUGAUUAACAAUUAAAUUCCUCAAUAUUUAUCAUAUUACAUACUUCUCACAUUGCAAUAAUUUUAACUGUGAUUCAGUAAUUGUAAAUGCGUAUAAAAUAUACUUCUAAAUGUACAAUAAAUUUGCGUUAAGUGACGUAACCGAUUCCAUACGCUAACGCUAUUGCGAAUAAUUAUAAAUUCAUAUAAUGACGAACCUUAGCUACGCUCCGCUGUGACUAUGAUAUUAAUUUUAAUUGGAGCGAGUCUCGCAAAUUGCGUUUCCGUGGGAAAAGGGGAUUAUUUGAAUAAAAAAAUAAUACAAAAAUGCAACGGCAGAUACAAAUUUUUUAUACAUAGCUAUGUGGUAAGAAUAAAUGUUUGUUACUUAUUUGUUGAAACUGGAAUGUUGAUAUGCGUUUAGUGCAAAUGAUACGCAGAAUUCGCUUUAAAUAUUUAUAAAUAGUUAUUUAGUCAUAGUUGUUAUUGUGUGUUGUUGGGCAAGUAGUACCUAUUUAUUGUGAUAAUAAAUAUAUUUAUU